AUGACUCGUUCGAUUUACGUGAUCUCGCCCAACGGGCAGCAGCAGUGUGCGGGUGAAUACACGCAGUCGGGAGAUUCAGCGAAUGGCUGCCCUGUGUGGGAACAGAAAGAAGGUGGUCUGUGGAUGUAUACAGGUGCAAAUGGUAUGUGGAUUAUAGGGGGACGAGAUGCCAAAGAGAAGAACUUCAAGUGCUCACACGGCUUGAUUUUCUGCCGAACGCCGAGUGCAGGCGUGCCGCCUGACAAAAUCACUGGUGUUUGGGAAAGGCUAAGCGGCGAGUGUUUCGUCGAGGAUCCCCACAUUGUUGUCACAAAAAAUCUGCACACGCCUUCGCAACUCCGGGUGGUCAGCCCGAAUGGCCAGCAAAGAUGCUCUGGCGAUUAUAUGCUGAUGCCCGGCCGCAUUGCGAAUGGGUUGCCGGUCUGGGAGCAAAAGGCUGGAAGGUGCUUUUUGUACUGCGGGACGAAUGGAUCGUGGAUCUUGGGUGGCUCUGAUGCCAAGGAGAAAGGUUUCAAUUGCGCAAAAGGUGUCGUUUAUUCAAAAAGGCCCAGUGGAGGCUUGAUGCCAGACAAGGUCGGUGGAGCGUGGCUGCGCCUCCAAGGGGACAAGUUCCAGGAAGACCCAGCCAUUGCAGUCACCAUUAAGCCAUCACGACUCUACGUGCAGACCCCUCAUGGCCAGCACAGGUGCUCGGGCGAAUAUAUUCCAGCAGGAGAUCGCAUGGCUAAUGGCUACCCUCUUUGGGAGCAUGCUGGUGGCAAGUGCUGGCUUUACUCAGGCAGCAAUGGCAUGUGGAUCAUCGGUGGCACGGAUGCAGCAGCCAAAGACUUCCAGUGCACACGUGGUGUCAUUUACUGUCAGACGGUGCACAACGGGCAGAUGCCCGAUAAGAUGGUGGGCAACUGGCUGCGGCUCGAUGGAGACAAAUUCCGCGAGGACGCCGCCAUUCUGGUGGGCACCAAGCCUCCGAGUCUCCAUAUCUUGUCACCGAACGGCCAGCCAAAGUGCGGCGGAGAGUAUGUGCUUGUUGGUGAGCGUUGCCAUGGUCAACCCACAUGGAAGCAAAGGCGGACUGAGAUACGGAUAUGCUCGGGGGCUGAUGGUCACUGGAUGGUGACAGCUGGAGUGCCUAAGGACGGCCUGGACUCUGACAAGCCUUUGCUCAGAUGUGACCAGCCACACCUUGGUGAGACUCCCGACAAGGUGCUCUCCUCUUGGAGUCGGUUAGAUAAUGAGGAGAUGGUGAAGGAUGACCAAGUCAAGGUGUCCUCCAGCUCUUCGCUUGGGAAGCCUGUAAAGUUGCACGUGUCCACGCCAAGUGGACAGCAAAACUGCGGCGGUGAGUAUCUGCUGGUGGCCGGUGAAUCUGCAAACGGCAGCCCGCUGUGGAAGCAAAUGGGCGGCAAAUACUGGCUCUAUUCAGGAACAAACGGCCUAUGGAUCAUUGGAGGGAGUGGAGCCAAAAGGAAAAACUUCGACUGUUCCCGAGGAGUCAUUUACUCGCAAACGCCUCAUGGAGGUCAAUUGCCGCACCAGGUGAGCGGAGUUUGGCUCCGUCUGCAAGGACAAGAGUUUGUGGAGGAUAGCAAGAUCAGCAUUGUCCAGUGA